AUGCUUUCAAAAUAUUUAUUGACUUUCGGGUCGCUGGUCGCCCAGUCUAUUGCUUUCCCCAGCUUCCAGCGACCUCUGGCCGCCGCCUCCGACGAUGAUGACGACGACACCCCUCUUCCUCUGAUUAUCUGGCACGGCCUGGGUGACUCCUACGGAAACAAGGGCCUGCAGGAAGUUGCUGCCCUCGCCGAGGAGGUCAACCCCGGGACCCUCGUCUACUUCGUGAAGCAGGGCUCCGACGCAAACGGCGACCAGCGCGCCACCUUCUUCGGCAACCUGAACGACCAGGUCGACAAGCUCUGCACCGACCUGGCCGCCGAUCCCAUCAUCUCCACCGCGCCCGCCGUCGACGCCCUCGGCUUCUCCCAGGGCGGCCAGUUCCUGCGCGCCUACGUCGAGCGGUGCAACUUCCCGCCGGUCCGCUCCCUCGUCACCUUCGGCAGCCAGCACAACGGCAUCACCGAGUUCAACGAGUGCUCGCCCACCAACUUCCUUUGCAAGGGCGCCAUGGCCCUGCUCAGGGGCAACGUGUGGUCGUCCUACGUGCAGCACAACCUCGUCCCCGCCCAGUACUACCGCCCCACGGGCAGCGAGGCCGACUACGAGAGCUACCUCGACAACUCCAACUUCCUGGCCGACAUCAACAACGAGGGCUCGGAGAAGAGCCUGGCAUACAAGAAGAACCUGGCGAAGCUCGAGAAUCUCGUCCUCUACAUGUUUGAGGAGGACAAGACCGUCAUCCCCAAGGAGACCAGCUGGUUCUCCGAGGUCAACGGCACCGAGGUCACCCCGCUGCGCGCCCGCCGCAUCUACGAGGAGGACUGGAUCGGCCUCAAGGAGCUCGACCGCAACGGCGGGCUCAAGUUCCGCGUCGCGCCUGGCGAGCACAUGCAGCUCGAGGUCGAGCUGCUCAACAGCACGUUCAGCGAGUUUUAUGGGCCAUACAAGAAGACCUUCACUAGGGAUGUCGUGGUUGAGGAUGAGCUUUGA